AUUUUCUUUGUAACAUAUUAAAUAACAUACUAAAUAAACUUGCUUUUUGACAAAAUGAAUUUAUUUCUUUUCGAGUGUACAGAAUAUUACCACUUACAUUAAUACCACUUUAACGCCGCGCUAUGCGUUUUUAUAGAUUAUCACUGUUAUAUUAACUGUUACAUAAUAUUAUAGAAAUUUAUUCUAGUCGAUACAAUGUUGCACCUCAGACCAACGUUACAAAUGAAAUGUUACGUAUUUUAUCUUAAACUCGAACUUUUCGAACGAAAGAAACGCAAGUGUAAGAAAAUAAUAGCGCCUUCACCGCGAGCGCAAGAAAAAAGUUACUAAUUGCAAAUGGCGGAGGAGAUAGUAAUUGGUCUAUUACGUGUUCGCUAUCAAAGUUUACUUUCGAAGUUCACUUACGAUUGUCGCUUCAAACUUCCUAACGUAUGCAGAUACGUCGGUGACAAAAUUGCGACAGCGAUUCGAACAAUUCGCAUCAAUGGCGUGUCGCGCCUCGAGACGACAGCGAUCAGAGAAUAUGUAAUCACUCAUUAAUAGACAAUUAAUAUCGAUCGAAAAGACUCACGAGAAUCUCUAAUUUUCCGAUACAAACUGUCUCUUCUCUACUAUCUUUAUGAAAAGUCUAAUUACCGGCUAUAAGAGAAGUAUCACAAAUUCAGGAACUUUUUUUUCCACUAUUGAUCAAAUAUAUCAAAUAUACAUACUUAAAGAGCAACUGAAUCCUUACGAAUCGUAUCAAAAGCUAUAACACUAGUUCCUUUUGCCAUGUGUUAUUCUACCAUCCUUCAAUAUGUACAUCGGAUUACAGUUGACACGAAAAGGAUCUUAAUCUCCAUAAAUUACAAUAUACAUGACACUUGAAAAAAGAGUAAUAUCUCGACAAUUGCAAUUCGAUACUGUAGCAGUCCUCAAGCUAAAAGUCUUGAGUCAAGUUGUCACGUCUUUAAGAAUGAAGAAGCCGAUAUCGUCGUAUGUAGAACUGUUCUACGACGAGAACGUGAUCUCGUGGAGCAAACGACUCUUGAACUUAUCCGGGCUAUGGCCGCAUAAUCGUAACGAUGUUCGAUUUUUCUUCUACAUUACGUACGUCGUGAUCUUCACCUGGUUGGAGAUUGUGACUCUGCUGCAGAAUAUACACGACCUUGAGAAGACACUGAAGAAUAUCACGUUAUCGUUCCCGACCAUCUUGAUAGUACUGAAGGCCAUGAUGUUUCGGUUGAAUAUGCAUCUCGUGCUACCAUUGCUAACGGUCGUGAAAAGGGACGUGAAGCUUGGAUUGUAUAAAUCAGAAGAGGAAAGGCGAACGGUCGUUUGGUAUAACGUGGCCGCCACGUUAUUUUCCACCUCGUCGGUCUUGUCUUUAUUCUUCGUGCCCACCUUGUUUUAUGCCAAACCAAUCGUCGGCUGUCUUUUAUCCAAAUUCAAUAAUUGUACGCUUCCUUACGAGUUACCGAUGAAAGUGAAUAACAUUUAUGAAGUGACAGGAGUACAAUCAUACGCUUUAUUGUGCGUUUAUUUAAUACCAGCAAGUAUGUUGUUAACAAUCGGUGCAACCGGCGCGGACAGUCUUUUGGUGACGUUAACGUUUCACCUUUGUAGUCAACUUUCAAUUCUGGCACGUCGUGCCAGAAAUAUCAGUAUUGAACCGCAAAUAUAUUCUCCAGAAAUGAGAGCGCUCGUUGAGCGACACAUCGAGCUUCUCCAAUUGGCAAGUAUUUUAGCAAAGGCAUUUAGUUCUCUGAUGUUUAUACAAACAUUAGGAUUAAUAUUCUCUUUAUGCAUCGUGGUCUACCAAUUACUCAUGACGACCGACUCUGGAGAAGACAUAAAUACCAUACAUUUUAUAAUUUACUCAUGCGCUGUUGUACUAUUAGCAUUCUCCUACUGUUUCUUGGGGGAGUGUCUAAUUAACGAGAGUAGUGAAAUGCAAGUGGCUUGCUAUUUCAUAAACUGGUAUGAAUUACCGGAACAAUACACGCGAUCUUUAAUAUUUUGUAUCGCUCGAUCGCAGAAACCAUCAUACCUUACCGCUGGCAAGUUCUAUGUGUUUUCCUUAGAAACGUUUGGCGUUGUGAGUUAUUUUCCAAAUAUAACAUCACUGAAUAUUAUUAAAUUCUUGCACUAAAUUUGUUUAGUACAUACAUAAUUUACACGUUUCAACUUAUUUGUAGAUAGUAAAAGCAUCGAUGGCAUAUCUCUCCGUUUUGAAAAGUAUUAUUUGAAUGAUUACAAGGAUCAACUCAACUUGUUGAAUUUGUUGAACAUAUAAAAGAAACAAAUUAUUCGAACCAUUAAUUACGGAUAUACGACUUGAUCUUAUAAUCGAACAGUGAAACGAUAGAUUCAAUUCUUAAAUAUUAAACGUAAAGCUGUUAAACGCGCACUAUAAUUUUCUACUGUGAUAAAAGACUCAUCUUUCGUAACCUUUCAACUUCUUUAAUUUCCCUUAGUAAUAAUUACUUUAAUCAAUGCAAUUAUAUAUUUCCUUCAUAUCCCUAAAACAUUACUUUCACUAUCAAUCUUCUUAUGAUACGGUAAACGGUGUACGAUCGACGAUUAUUAACCGAACUAGAAUUAAGUGUCAGGUCUAAAAAGAAUAAACGUCAACGUCGCCCAGAUAGAAUGACUACAGAGAUCGAAUCUGUCUAAUCAAUUUUUCUCUAUUGGAAGCCACUUGUACGUGGUUUACAACGUACCAGCGAUAUACGUAUAUCAAGCUCUCGGAAUGUAUCAUUCUAUCUAAUCGUCGUCGAACACAAAUACGUGUUGGCUGAAGGAAUUAAAAGAAAAAUUUAUUUCGGUUUAUUCAAGAAAGAUACAGAGUGUACAACUGCCGAGGGGGAUACAAAUUAUGCAUAUAACUCGUGCUUCACGGUAAAUAAUCGUCCCUAUUGCCAGGUCGAAGCACGUGGACCCUGACGUCGUGUGUUAUCUCUUUACAACGACCUCGAUCCUACGAAUGGAGUAACAGCUAACGUGCAUACGGCCUUCACGAUACACCGAUCUCUCGCCACACGGUCCGCUGCGAUCCAUGCACGUUUACAGCACGUGUGUACACUUUCAGUGGCAGGAACUUAAGUAACAGUGUGCAUCGUCAUGUACCUUUAACGCCAAUCCGGAGAGACACGGCUGAUCCUCCACGAGGUAUUCAGACAUGGAAAAGAAACAGACGGCAAAGGCUUUGCACGCGUUUCGUUUCAGAGCAGAGAUACACGGCCGCGACUUAUACGAUCGCGGGACAACGAACCAGACGAUGGUUGGUUGCUUACUCGGUGUACGAUGGUAUGGAGCGAAUUCUUAGUACUCAUGGCCGAAUCGUCCAGACGUUCGUAAACAAAGGUAUAUUAUACUGAUAAAUUUGUUUUAAUCGAAUACAUGAUGAUUAUAAAAUAAAAAAAAGAAAAAAGAGAAGGAAAGAAAAGUUAAAGGAUAAGUAUGAACCGAUAAUACAGGUAAAUAAUAAACCGUUCGAACGAUACUCUGCGGUAGCGACUAUUAAUAGCUCGUGUUCAUUCCCAGCGGAGCAAGUUAGUGUAUAUCGAGAAUCGCUUUUUCACCCUUUCCUCCUUCGCGGUUGUCAUUUUUCAUUUCUCAAAGUUGAUCAUCGGCACAAAACGGCUUCUUCGUCGGUACGGAGAACGUAAAAGAAUUUCGCCACGAUUAGAACGAUUCGUUCACAUGCGUAUCCUGUGGCCGUGAUGUACGAUUCUUGAUAACUAAAAAUCAAAUCCAUACCAAUUCGCACGGGCGUGCAUGGAGAUUUUUAGGAACGGGACCGUGUCGGUCGGUAUAUCGUAACAGCCUGUGUAUGCUAUACAAGCACAUAAACACAUGGUAAUGUAUUCGAUGCUAUUUAUUUCUUUCUUUCCUUUUUUUUCUUCAUUCAGACAAAAUUGACUCACACGUUCACAUGUUAAUACGCCUCGCAGAUGCAUUCGCGGUUACCUCCCACAAUUAUGUUCCGUAUAAAAUCGUGCGUCUGCCUGUGCACGAGGUCCUCUGGUGUAUGUGUUUGUGUGUACGAAUAUGCACGUUAAGUGUACACACGAUACUUCAUGUACAAUAUUCUGUCUGUUCUCUGUGUAUUUCGAAUUAUAUGUAUGUGUUCGUGCGUACUGUUCUCUGUGUGUUUGCGGUUAAUGGAAGCGAGAGUUCACUAAAUGUCUUUCGUUCUGAGUUCUUUUCACGUUGUGUUCAAGAAACAGAGAAAAAUAGCGGGAGAAAGAGAAAGACAGACAGGGACAAAGAGAGAAAGAGAGAGAGAGA